CAGUGCAGAUAAUUUGUUAACAGGCCCUGCCAAUGGCUCAAAUGGCAGCAACAUUUUUUGUAUUUUAUGAAUCAAUGGUGCACUUGGGGGUCAUCCAUUCAAUGCGGACUGCGCAGAUCUGUUGAUAUAGUGUGUUUGUCAGUGUGACUGAUGUGUCAGAUGGGCUGUGCUGGAGGUUAGGGGUUUUUCAAACAGCUACAGGUGACAAGUUUAAUUGCAUUAUGGAUCGAAAAACACAGAGCCCUGUAAUUGUUGACUUGGAUCAAGUCCAUUACUGUAGCUGUCCCAUCCUAUAACACCCCAUCAAUGAAAUGCAGAGCUGAUUAUAUAAGUUGAUUCUGUUGCUUGGUUACACCUGGAGGAGUGAUGAGCAUGCUAUUUGCCCUACUCUGAGUUGCUUUGUUGCAGUAACUGGCAGGGAUGCGAAGUGAAGUAUGAGAAAAGUGUAAAACUUUGGUUGUAUCUGCAGGUGUAUAUGAUAAAACACUUUAUUUAGUACCUGCUUUGAAAUGGCAGUACAGUUUUGUGUAUACAGGCAUUAGGUCACGGCCUGAAUUAUUGGAUGCAACUACUGAACUGCAGUGUGUGUGGUUCUUGCUGUCUGUGCACUGUCCUAUAUUCUCUCAGCAAAACACCCCCUCACUAAAGAUUUCUUGUUUCCUUCUCUCUGUUGCCUAGCAAGAGUCACUCCAAAGCAUCUUUUAAAGUGUGUAAUUUCUGUGCCACUAGCAUCACAAAUAGAUAGUCCCGCCCCCAACCAAACAGAUAGUCCCGUCCCCGUCACACUCCAUGGGUUAAGCCAAAACUGUUGAGGCUGGUUGGGGUGCUCAAAUAAACAAAACAAUGUUUUGAAUUAAGGCUUUCAAAUUAAAAUAUGAAUUUGUCGAAUUUAAGAAAAACAUUUUUACAUUUGAAUGCUAAAACUGUGCAUAUUAAUUUUGGAUGUAGGCCAAGCACGGAUGAUAACUUAAGACAGUACCCAUUCUUGUGCCAAAAAAGUGCAAAGCGUAGGUGUGUCGAGAUGCACUAAAGGUUGAAGCUCUUUUUAACUCGACACGACAUCUAUAACAGAGCUCCUGCACUAGAUGAUGACUAAACAGAUGUGGCACAAUGGUCAAAGACAUCCAUCUAGCGCAUGUUUACAUUGCAAUCAAUGAAAUACAAUGCAGAUGGAUGCAAAACACAUUCGGUGUGAAUUGCCCCUUAGGUGAUGGUUUCUGGCCGUUGCAUAUUACUCCCUUAUCAGUGUUUCCAUGCAUAAGCAAUGCAUUUUAAAAUGCUGUGUCAAGUUGAAAGGAAUACUGUGCAACACUAAGUUAACAUAGAACUGUCUAUUAAAGUGAUUCUUUUCUCUUUCUUUUUUUAAUUUGAGAUUUGAGAAUAUAAACUGGUUAAAUCUUUAAAUUUUUAUUUUAUGCACUUUAGGUUAAAAUGAAUUGUACUUCUGUUAACAACCACUGAUGUUCUUUGGAAUAAAAAACAACAUAACACGUUGCUGUUUUGUUGCUAUUUUCCCCUGACUGAAAUAAUGUCUUUAAGUUAAAAUAUAAUUAGAAUUUUGGUCAUAUAUUAUGAAAAAAUUUGAAUUUAUUUCCUCAGCCCUGUUUAUAGCACCACAGCUUCUUAGUGUUUACACUUGAAAUCAACCUACAAAUUACUUACAGUUGUGUCUGCACAUUAAUUUGGGACAGGAGAAAGCAUUGUAACAUUGAAAGAAUUACUUAAAAUAAGUUAAUUGAAAUCAAACAUCAGGUGCAAUCUAUUUAUCUUAUUCAAAUGGGGUUUCAGCCAGGUACUUGUACAUGGAUCCACUUUAGCAAUUUUGUGGCCUUAUUUGACUGGCUUUGAUUUCCACCGAAAAGUUUUUUUAAACACCAAAGGUGAAUGUUUCACUGGUGAAACUGCAUUAAGCGUGUAUAACACCAGAUCUAGUAUCAGUUUUGCACAAAAACCACAGGUACAUUAGGCAGAUACCGACCACACAUUCAGCCAUAUGCAACCAUAUGCUCACACCUUUGACACCUCCGUCUCUGCGUCAGACAUGGAAACACUUUCAAGGUUCUUUAUAUGACGUACAGACCAAUUUGACUCUGUAUGGUUCUUGGAAGAUGUAAAUGUGGUUUUCAACCAUGUAAAAUGUGGCUUUGAUUAUGACGAUAGACACUGAAAAGCAAACCUUGCACAGCCUGAAAGAUCUGCGCAUUUAGUAGAAUGUGGACUAUGAUUGUCAUGCAAGGCAACACCUGUGUGAUAUCUACACUGCUGUGUGAUUUAGAACAUGUCUCUUAGGGCUUUUGAGUCAUGUGCUCUUACAAGUGUAGGUCAGUAGGUUGGCCUGUGAGUGGUGUAAUGCCUUUUAAGGCAUGUGUAUGAAUAUAUGAACUGAAGUUAUGUUGAUAUGUAAAGCAGCCUGAAGCAGGCGUUUGAUGGAGGUGUAGGGUCUAGCUCAUGGCUCCAGCACUUUAAUGUCGAAAGUAUGCUUUGGUCUUUUUCUAUAUCUGCAUUUUUGCAAUGAUUUUUACGUGGCUCGUUCUAUGCAUCACGUCAAUUUCCUGGUGAAAACGAACACUAGAGGUGCUACAACAAUGACUUUUAUUCCCUUAAGCAUUUUUACUAUUACUAAACACUUUUAUUACUACAGCAUCUGUACUUCCACAAACACAGAGUGAAGCGAUCACACUGUGUGUGUGAGUGAAUUGCCUCAAUGAAUUAUUAAAGGUGCAGUAUGUAAGAUUCAGAAACCCUUGUUAUUAAUGACACCUGUGGCCAUUAAGUGAACUGCAGCUAGCUACCUGUUGCUCGCGCACACACUCCAUAGGGACGCGAGCGAGCAUCGACCAAAACAAUGAUGUAACGUACAAAGAGACUGAAUGUGAUUCACUGACAUCAUGCUGACAGAUGAGGUAGCAUAAUUAAAAUUACAUAGUUAUGAUUGUUUUACUACCAACUUUGAGACUGCAUAUUAUGCUGGAACAGGGCUAAAACAAAGUGUGGAUAUAGGUCUGACUAUGCGAGACUGUAGUUUCAGGUAAUCACUUUUCUUUGCAUGAUACAUAGGCUAUCAUAUAAAUGCAGUCAAUGUCGGAGUUAGCUAGCUAGCCAGCUUUAUCAAUAGCUGUUAGCCAAAUUUGGUGGAUGAUGACAGUAGCUGUUUAUAAGAUAGACUGUACAUUAUAAAUAUGUUGACACAAUUCAGUAUUGAUGUGAUUCCAUCACAACUGUCAUUUUGAUAUAUCGAUGCGCUAUUUUUUAUAAUAAUAGAUUGUAUAUAUUUUCUGUAUAACCAAGUUACGUUACACUAAUGAAUGGAGCUUUUUGCAUUAUCUUGAACAUUGUCUAACAUUCAUUUCAUGUAUUAUUGUAGUUUACAGUAAUAAAGUUUAAUGUAAUAAUUACAGAUUAACAUUGACAUUAACCUGACUUUUAGUAUAAAGUGAAGAUCGUUGAAAUUAGCUUGCAGUUCAUCAGUUUAGCAGGCAAGAUCAAGUUAGCUAAAAUGACAGAGAUCAGUCCUUAUGGCACUAUAUUUCACAUGCUUUGCAGUUAUAUAAGCUUACCUGUCCAAUAAGAAGAACGCUAAUUCAGGGUCUGUUUUGAUCCCCAAAACCGAAUGAAGGUCCCUCCUGGAAUCAAAUGCCCUGCCGAUGUUCACUGUAGUUUUCGCUCGACCACGAUCACGUUCCCGUUUAGCCAGACGGGAUUCAGUAGAUAAAUGUUGUUUUUUUGUUUUUUUUGGCUUUGAGUUUGUGUAGGAGUUGGUGUUGUGCUGGGAGCCGGACGUUUGCUGGAUUCCAUCUCUAAGAUAAUGUUACCUAGUGUUGCAGACUGUCUGCUGACCAUGUUGAAUAGCGGAAGAGAAGCUACUGUCUGAGGCAAGGCUCUCGGGAGUGCGCAUAAAUGUCACAUCCUUUGGAUUUUCCCGGCAAAUGCGACCCGCUCCCUUUGCAUGAAAAUCAGUCUACAGGCUUUAAUAGGCAACCUAGGAAGUCCGGGAAGGGCUCAUUUUUUAAGUUGCGUUACAAGCCGUUCACACAUUGGCAAAAAAAAGGCGAUUAUUACAUGAAAAAUGUUACAUAUUGCACCUUUAACUAACACCUUGUCAGCUGUGUAUUUAUAUCUAGUUGGCUAUAUAGUUGCCAUAAAGCUUUCCAGUAACAAAUGGAAGGCUAAAUCUAAAACAAAUACAUGAUGGAGUGGUUUUCUUCAGAAUCAUUCUACAUGAAUAACAUCACGUGUGGUUUAAUGCACAGGCAUUUUGAAGGUAACUCUAUCACCCCCUUAAGUAUAGGUGUAAGACGAUAUGGUUAUCUCAUGAUUUGGUGUGAUAUACGAUAUGAGGUUCAUGAUUCAUUUUUUAAAUUUUUUUAUGUUUGUGCAAAAUGGACAUUAUAAUUUCUCAUCAAAAUAAAGUUCUUUAAAACACAAUAUAAAUGUUUAAAUAAUAUGAGUUUCUCAUACCUUUCUCUGUAAAAAAGAUAAAAAAACAAAUAAGCCUUUAAAAAUAGUGGGCUUCAUUCAUGCUGAUCAGGUGCAUAACAAGCAAUAGAACUGAACAGAACAUGUCUCGGAAAAGUAUGUCAAAAUUUCAUUAAAUUGUACAUAUAAUAAUGAUAUGAGCUGUCAAUGUUUGAAAUAAUGUGUACAGUUUACAUUCAUUUGUAUAACAAGCACUAUAAUGGUACUGUCAGUUUAAGAUUUUAACACACAUCUUACAGAUUCGCACAGGUGUUCCUGUUCAUUUAUUAACGAAAGAGAAGUCUCAUUUUUUUUUAACUUUUUGUGAUCAAAAUUAAUAUUUCUUUUUACAUUUUUACCUAACCAUAAAGAACAGAAAGGAUAUUAAAAGACACAUUAAUCAAUGAAAGUGGAGUGCAGGAUCUCAUCUUUGAUGGACACACAUUACACUGAAGAAAUGGUCAAUUUUAAUCUCAAGCACUUUUCAACAAAACAAGCCAAUUUUCUAGGUAUUCCAGUAUUUAAAUUCCUAAAAGCAAAAUUUAAGCACUUGAGUGUAGGAAAAAAGCGCUGUAGGAGUAAAAUCAUAUCGGUUUUUGCCAAUUAAUUGACAUGAUAACAGAUUUCUGGAACUAUUGGUUAUUGGCAAAAAUCCACACAGAUAGUUUUUCCCUAUUGUGUCCGGUGCUGGAGCGGCUGGGAAGGGUCCACUGUCGUUAUACAGUAUGAGAGCGGCCUCUAGAGGCGAAAUAAAAACGAUCACUUCACUGAUGCCUUGUGGUGUUUGUUUUGACACAUGAGACUACACUCUGCAUGGAGCGGAACACUUCAGAUGUGGAUUUAAAACAUCAACAACAAAAGAUGACAGUAUUUCUGCAACGAGCACGUCAGAUGUGCAGGACCGCCUGUCGUCUCUGGAGCUACGGGUGCAGCAGCAGGAAGAUGAGCUGAUGGUGAUGAAGGCCGCACUGGCAGACGUGCUCCGACGUCUCACUCUGUCUGAAGACUCCGCGGCCACUGCCAAGAAACAGCAGAGCAGCAAAGGUCAGACCCCGCUGCGUGAGGCUUAUUCUAUGUCCUGUAUCGCCAAUGGCAGUUCCAGCACCCGUAAAUCUCACAGAGACGGCUCCACAGUUUCUGUAGCCAGGAAAGAGACACUGUCCUCUGCAGCCAAGAGUGGUGGUGAGCGGAAAAAAGACAAGCCUCAGAUGGAGGGGAUCAAGGAGAAAGAAGAGCCGCCACAGGCUAACGAUAAACCCCCCUCAACACCCAGCACCCCUCAGGCACCGUCCCCUUCCAGCAACCCCCCCUCCCCUCACCCCCCACCACCCCAAAGACAGACCUCGGAGAACAAGGGGUCAGCCUCAGCCAAAAGCAGGGGUAGCAGUGCAAAGCGCGGUGGAGGAAUGGAACGUUCUCAGAGCAGUACAUGGGACAGUGGGGAUGAGAACAGGAAUAAGCUGGUGAAAGCAGCCUCCACCUCCAAACUUCUGGCCAAAGUGGCGAAGAAUGCCGAGAAACACAGAGAUCCAGUCAUAAGCCAAGCUAAAAUGUCAACCCGAGAAAAAAACAGUCAAGAGGGAGAUUAUAUCAAAAUGUUCAUGCGAGGACGACCCAUCACAAUGUUCAUUCCAUCAGAUGUGGAGAAUUACGAUGAUGUCCGCACCGAACUUCCACCAGAGAGACUCAAGCUGGAGUGGGUAUAUGGUUACAGGGGACGCGACUGCCGUGCAAAUGUGUACUUGCUCCCUACUGGGGAGAUUGUAUAUUUCAUCGCCUCUGUGGUCGUGCUCUUUAACUAUGAGGAGCGGACACAGCGCCACUACUUGGGACACACUGACUGUGUCAAAUGUCUUGCUGUUCACCCAGAUAAAAUCCGCAUUGCCACAGGACAGAUUGCAGGAGUGGAUAAGGAUGGCAGGCCGCUUCAGCCUCAUGUGAGAGUGUGGGACUCUGUCAGUUUGUCCACUCUGCAGAUUAUCGGUCUCGGUACCUUUGAGAGAGGAGUAGGAUCCCUCGCUUUCUCUAAAGCCGACUCAGGCACUCACCUCAGUGUAAUUGAUGACUCUAACGAGCACAUGCUCACUGUGUGGGACUGGCAGAAGAAAUCAAAAAUCGCUGAGAUUAAGACCACUAAUGAAGUGGUGUUAGCGGUGGAGUUUCACCCCACUGAUGCCAACACUAUUGUCACUUGUGGAAAGUCCCACAUCUUCUUCUGGACCUGGAGCGGAUCCUCACUGGCCCGUAAACAAGGCAUCUUUGGUAAAUAUGAGAAGCCCAAGUUUGUGCAGUGUUUGGCCUUCCUCAAUAAUGGAGAUAUCCUGACCGGGGACUCGGGAGGAGUCCUGCUGAUAUGGACCCGCAGCACAGCUGAACCAGCACCAGGAAAAGGACCGAAAGGAGCAUUUCAGAUCAGCCGUCAGAUUAAAGCUCAUGAUGGCAGCGUCUUCACUUUGUGUCAGAUGAGGGACGGCACUCUGCUCACAGGGGGCGGCAAAGACCACAAGAUUAUUCUGUGGGACCACGACCUGAAUCCAGAGAGAGACAUAGAGGUCCCAGAUCAGUUUGGAACUAUUCGUGCGGUAGCCGAGGGCAAGGGAGAGCAGUUUCUGGUGGGAACAUCUCGCAACUUCAUUCUGCGGGGCACCUUCAACGAAGGGUUCCAGGUGGAGGUGCAGGGACACACAGAUGAACUUUGGGGUUUGGCUGCCCACCCUUUCAAAGACCUUUUCCUCACCUGCGCCCAGGACAGGCAGGUGUGUCUGUGGAGCUCAGUGGACCACACGCUGGAAUGGACCAGACUGCUGGACGAGCAUGGGCACUGCGCAGACUUCCAUCCCAGUGGAUCUGUUGUUGCCAUUGGUACUCACUCAGGGAAGUGGUAUGCUCUAGAUGCGGAGACGAGAGACCUGGUGGCCAUCCACACAGACGGCAAUGAGCAGCUGUCAGUCAUGCGCUACUCUGUCGAUGGCACUCUGCUGGCAGUGGGAUCACAUGAUAACUUCAUUUACCUCUACACAGUGUCGGAUAAGGGACGCAAGUACAGCAGAUAUGGGAAGUGCACUGGACAUUCCAGCUACAUUACACAUCUUGACUGGUCCCCAGACAACAAGUUUAUCAUGUCCAACUCAGGAGACUACGAAAUCCUUUACUGGGACAUUCCAAACGGUUGUAAGUUGAUUCGUAACCGUUCUGAGUGCAAGGACAUCGACUGGGCGACGUAUACCUGUGUGCUCGGAUUCCACGUCUUUGGUGUUUGGCCGGAGGGCUCUGAUGGGACAGACAUCAAUGCUCUGGUGCGAUCUCACAACAGGAAGGUGAUCGCUCUGGCUGAUGACUUCUGUAAAGUGCAUCUCUUCCAGUACCCCUGCUCGAGACCGAAGGCCCCAAGCCACAAGUACAGCGCCCACAGCAGUCACGUGACAAAUGUAAGCUUCAUGCAUAGUGACAGUCACCUGAUUUCAACGGGCGGGAAGGACAUGAGUGUCAUGCAGUGGCGUCUAGUGGAGAAGACCUCUGCUCUGGUGCCCAGUGACUCCAGCUUAGGCCUGAGUGAAUCCCUGCUGCACAACUCUACCCCUCGCAACUUGGCAUCGAUACCCAGUGUCCCCCCGCCCCUUACUGAGCCCAUGCAGGUGCCACCCUCUCUACCCAUCAGCACCCAACCCAACACCAACACACCCCCUCCCACUCCCACCGAAUCCCUGGACACGCCCACUCCAAAUGGACAGCAGGAUGGCUUGCCUGAAACCCCGCCCCCUUCGGAUGAGGCCACGCCCCCAUCUGACAGCACCCUGAGCCCCAAGGACAGCCUAGAUCCUAGCGACGAUACAGCCACGCCCAGUGACGAGGGCACACCCUUUAAUCUACCCUUGUAAGAGGGAGGCUCCGCCCACUUUUCUUGACUGCUCGAUUCCCUGUCCAAAGGCACCAGCAUGUCACUGAAGCCUUUCUGUUGGAGUACAAAAGCAGGAUCUACUAAGUUUUUUUAUCAUCCUUUCAAUGUUUUCAUUGCGUUUCGUGUCUUAGUUUAUGUUGACGUUUUGUUCAUUACAUGUGGUUGUGGAGGCAGUGGUUUGGAUUGGAUGCUGAGAGGGAUUGUAAUGUGUAGUUAAAGGGAUAGUUCACCCAAAAAUGAAAAUUUACUCCCCCUCAUGUUGCUCCAAACCCAAAAAAGGAGACAUUUUCAGUCAUUUUCUAUGAUCUGUGAACAUUGUUUAAAGUAUUUUGUUCCACAGAAGAAAGAGUCAUACGAUGAUGACAGAAUUGUUACCUUUGGGUGAACUGUCCCUUUUAAAGCCUUUGGAAAGAUGCACACUGACACUCAAGCGUACCAAAAAGUUUACAUAUUCGUACACACACAACCAUACAAACACUAACACACAUGCACACAUACAUCCGUAACUGUUUUUUUUUUUUUUUUUCAUAAUACAUUGAAAAUGAAUGAAAUCUGAGACCUUUCAAAAGCCUGGAUUCAUCAUAUUUUAUGAUUUAACCAUAUUAGAAGCACACCAGAGCAUACACACAUUCAUGUAUUUUGGCAUGUUGCAUAUACAUAAAUUGGGUAAGUUUUUACUCUUUUUAUUAAAUGAUAAAAUUUCAGAUAGUUUCUGCACUUAAAUAAGUAAAUCUUAAAGGGAUAGUUUGCUCAAAAAUGAAAAUUGUCAUAAUUUACUCACCCUCAUGUCCUUCCAAACCUAUAUGACUUUCUUUCCUUUGUUAAACACAAAAAGAGAAAUAUAAAAGAAUGUACUGGCCACUCUUUUCCAUAUAGUGAAAGUGAAUGGGGACUGGGUCUGUCAAGCUCCAAAAUAAAAAUAAAAAAUAAAAAAAGAACCAUAAAAUUUGUUCAUAUGAUUCGUGCACAAUAUUAAAAUUCGCCUUUUGUGUUCCACUGAAUACCUCACUGCGUACGGGCUUGGAACAACAUGAGGGUGAGUAAAUUAUGACUUUUUUGGGUGAACUAUCCCUUUAAAUCUUAAAUUGUUCUCUCACUCUGUAAACAUUGGUGGGUGAUUGCAUAGCAACUGUCCCUGAGCCAAAAACAACAGGAUGUACUUAUUUGGACAUGUCAGGCCGGUCCCCCUGGCUCAUUGGUCGAACUCAAGGACCUCAAAGAUUUCAUUGGCUGCUUCAGCAGUUCGCCAUGGUCAUUGGCGGUGCAUGUGCUAUGCAUUGAAUAUUUUGAACUUGGCAGAGAACUGCACAAUUUUUGCUGCUUAAUUGGCAGUGCACUCCAUUUACCACAAACACAGCCACUUAGAAACACUUACACACACAUAUGCAUACAAUUACUUGCUCAAAAGCCUGAUUUGUCUUAACAUGGGGCCUGCAUGGCAAAACUUCUCAGCUUCAGUCUCAAAUGACACAAACAUCAUCAAUUCAUCAAAAGUCUCAUCUGUCUGUUUAAUGAUUCCAUAUCACCCACACAUAUUCCCCAGUUCUCUCUUUAGUGCUAAGAUACAAACCAUUUUAAACCUCUGAUCUAGAUGACUCCAUCUUCUCACUGAGGCUGUUUUUAGGUUUUAUUUUGUGACUGUUUUGCUUGUCAUUUUGUUCAUUGGACUGAGAUGUUCUUGUUUUUUUAUGGUAUGAGAGAAACAAGAUUAAACAAGUCUUAAAUGUGAGUGUGAGUGUGUAUGUGCUUGCGAGUUGGUGCUUCUUUCAUUCCGCAAAGAGUGGUUGCUCUCUUUCUCUUUGUCUCUCUUUCCUCCACUCACAGUUUCUCAGGAUCACUCUUUUUGGAAAGACAUGAAAGACAAAGACAGUUAAAGGAAUAAAGUAUGUUUUUUCACCCUUCUUGGUAUUAUCUAUGGUAUUAUGAUGGCUUUUGGACAUGUACCAUGGUAAUACCAUGAUAUGUUUUUAACAUGUACCAAAGGAUUCUUUGAAGUAGCCUACUUUAAAAUUCCAUGGAGGGUGAAUUAAGUUAAAUGUGUGCACUUUCUGACAACCAUUGUCUUGCGGCUGUCAAAAAGUUUCUGAAAAUAAAAAAAAAUUCACCAAUUGGUAUCUAAAUAUGGUAAUCAUAUAUAUGGUACCACCACAGUACUUUUUUUGUAAGGGAAUGCUCUCCUAAAUGUUUUUUAUGUUUGCCUCGAUGCAUGAGCAGAUGAAUGUGAGAAAGUGUUAAAGACGUGUUUCUGCUCAUUGAAAAUUAAACGGCAUGCAAUGCAGAUUUCAAGAGAGGCUAAUGUGUUACAUGCCUCGAUGUCAUGAGACGAAACGAUUUAUCUCAGACAAAAGAAUCAAUAUCAGAGAGACACAAGGGCUCAGCUGCAAAGUGAAGUUGCCUCCAUUGCUGGUCUGGAUGAUGAUUUGUGACCCUGUCCCAAACCUGAAUCAUCAAUAUUACACCAAAAGAGAUGUGAACACAAUUCUCAGAGCAGCUACUGAAGGUAACUUUUAAAUUUUUGCAGCGAUCUAUGGUACUAAUAUACAUUGUUUGGGCAUUCUGGAAGUAUAAAAGCAUGAGACAUUGAAAGCAUGGUUCAUCCUCUCAGAGUUUUGACUUGUGGAAUUGAGAAUCCUGGCUCAAAUACAUAUUUACAUUUGUUUGAGUUUUGUUCCUUAUUUUAUUGAUUGAAUGACAAUCUUAUGUAAUAUGUAUAUAAUUACACAAAAGGAUUGUAUGUGGGUAUUUGUAUACCCAACUGCCUCAAAUUCAUAUGUGUCUCAUCCAAGUGAUUGUUUUGGUUCAAGUGCAUGAAAUGGAAGUAAUAUGUGAUUAGUGGUUUAGCAAAGUUUAGAAAGACAGAAUGAUAACUGGUUGUUUAUGUGGACUUGGUGUGUGGUGUGAAGUUUAUGCAACAUUUGCGCUAUAGACAUGGCGUUGCGACAACGAGUUGUCCUGCAAGACGUGCCCCUCAGCUGGUCUGCAGUUUACUUUUUAUACCUUUUUUAAGUCCAAUGCUUUAUGAACUGCUCCUGUUUUUUAAGCACGUCGGAAGGUUUUCACAUAGAUUGCCUUAGUUCGAUUACCUAAGAUUUAUCAUGGUGGUUUUUUGUUUAGUUUUUUUCAUAUUUUUUUUUUGUUGUCAUGCAGUUUUAAUGCAAACUGGCACUCCUGAAGGUGUGGCCUGUUGACACUCCUUUAUCUCAAGGUGUCAGCCUGAUCUCAUUAAAAUCACGUGACUGUGGUGUCAAUUUAGCAAAAUUACAUUACAUGGUUCAUUACACAUAUAACGGCAGUUCCAGGGUGAAAUGUUCACUGUGUUGGGUGAAAGGUGAUCAAAAUGUUCUCCUAAAUGAUUGAGGUUUAUAAGGUUAAUACUCUUGAGUUUUAAAUCAACAAAACCUACCUCCCUGAAACCUAAACCUAACCGAUAGUGUCAUAAAAAGCAAAUGUGAGAUGAAAAAUGCAAUUGCUGAAGCAGCCAUGUCAUUUUGUGGUGCUUCUAUGACUCAUGUGUUGACAUUUCAGGACUCCUAUCCCGGUUAUUUACAUUGCAAAUGUAAUGCUGUAUGAGAAGCUACCACACAACUUAAUUGCAGUUGAACAAGCUUUUACUAUAAAUGUUUUUGAUUAUGUAAUGCAGAUCAGUGUUAAAAUGUAUCGCCUUACAAGUCAUUUGCUACAGUAACAGUUUUGAUGUCAUAAGAUGAAUUUAAGUAAGGAACAGGGUGAAAAGUACAGUGGCCCAGGGGUGCACAGCACAACAAAAUUAGCAAAGCAAAUAAAAGCUGAAAACACAUCGGAAAUAAAUGGCACUACUACUAAAUUAAGCCACAACACAACAAAAUUAAACCACAAUGAAAUUAAGCCACAACACAAUGGAAUUAAGCCACAAUAAAUUUAAGCCACAACACAAUGAAAUUAAGCCACAAUAAAUUUAAGCCACAAUAAAAUUAAGCCACAACAGUCAACAAAAUUAAGCCACAACAUGACUAAAAAAAAAAAAAAAGCCACAACACAACCCAAUUAAAGUCACCAAACUUCUAAAUUAAGCCACAACACAACAAAAUUAAACCACAAUGAAAUUAAGCCACAAUAAAUUUAAGCCACAACACAAUGGAAUUAAGCCACAACAGUCAACAAAAUGAAGCCACAACAUGACUAAAAAAAAAAGCCACAACACAACCCAAUUAAAGCCACCAAACUACUAAAUUAAGCCAGAAAAAAAUGAAAUAAAGUCACAGAAUAACAGAAAAGCCAAAGCAAAAUGAAAUUAAACCACAACGAAAUUAAGCCAAAACACUAUUAAAUAAAGCCAAAAACAUAAAGACACAGUACAAUGAAAUUAAGCCUUUUCUUGUCUGAUCAUUUUGUUGUUUUGUGGCUUAAUUUUAUUAUGUUGUUGGUUAAUUUCAUUGUGUUUUCAGUAUUUUUUAUUUUUUUUUUUUUGCUUUGCUAUUCGUAUUGUGUUGUGCACCUCUGGGCCACCGUAGAAAAGUGUUUAUGAACUGAUAUGGUCUGCCGUUUUACUUGUGAUUUGUGUGAAAGUAACUAAAAGUAAUUGUUGGUGUAGCGCCUCUAAUGUUCAUUUCACCAGGAAACUGCCACUGUAUCUACAAUGAGUCAUGUAAAAAUAAUUUAGCAAAAAUGUUGGUCUUUGAGACCAGGUUGCAACGUCUGUAUUCAUCAACCUCUUGAAACUACAGGAAACCACUGAUAAAUAGAAAGGGCAAACCACAAAAGCUUUACAGUAGUUGCAGGGGAAGACUGAACUGUAAAUCUUUCCAAAACCUUUUUGUCAUCUUUGAUACUGCAUUCAAGGCUGGCUUUGUUGUGUGUGUAUAUAUUGGUGUACCUGUAUGUAUAUAACUAUUUUCUGGGAAGGAAGGUACUCUGAAAUGCAUGGGGGAAUGCUUUCUUUCAUUUCUUUAACUAUAAAGGGGACUUUUUUUGUCUGUGAGAAAACUGGGGGAUUAUUCACCUGCGGAUGCAGGUACAGUGGCCUUGUGGCAUGGAAACAUAUUUCAGAUCAGCAGAAUUUGUUGCACUGUGUCCGGUGUAGCUCUGCCUGGAUAUUGCUCAGUUUAGAGAACAAGUUGGACUCCAUGGCUUUUCAUUGGACCUUGUACAGUAUCACUUUCAAGAACGUAUUAGAGAAUUGCAUGGUUAGUCGAAUGGAGCAUUCAAAUGGAAUUUUUUUUUUUUUUUUUUUUUUGAAUGUCAUAUUGAUGAUUUGCUUUGGUAACUGAUUUUGAAAAUAAUGAGAAAUAUGCUGGAAUUGUACUGGUGAAGGGUUUUGGUGUUUAAGAAAGUAAAACACACAAGUGUGGACAGACGGUGCACUCUCAGUUCGAUACCUGAAAUGAUGUAGAGUAGAAGUCAUUGAUGUCAAUGUAUUUGUGUUACCCAUUGAGGAAACAGCUGUUUUAUUUUAAUUUUUAUAUGUAAUAUCCAAGAGCUAAUUUCCAAAACAUACACAGGGAGAGAGAAAGUAAUACACAAGGGUGGGAAAAUACAGUCUAGAUUCUCAGCUGGUGAUUGUAUCUACACUUGGAGGAAAUGUUGGGCAUGACUGCAGCUCUGGACUUCCAAAUGCUUUUCUAUUUGCAGGUCGUUUCAUUAAAUCCUCAUUGCAUAAAGGUGCAGAGAAGAAGCUAAUUUUUCAAAUAGAAGCCUUUUUGAUAAACAAUGAUGUUUAUGAAAACCACAGUGGUGACGAUCCUGAAUAUGUAAAUGAUAAAAUUAUAUGUUAACAAAGUAUGAAAAAGGCUAAACCUCUCUCUCUCUCUCUCGUGACAAAUUUUGAGCCAAUCUGUCUCUUAUGCAUUCCUGUCAAUGGGCAGAAAAUAUACUGAAGAUUUUAGAAAAUAAAGAAAAAUUUUAAAAACA